CUGGGGUGAAAAUCCCGUCAAAAUCGAAAAUAACAGAAACUAAAUCGUCUCUAUUUUUGUCAUUUUUUCGGCUUUCUGUCGAAUAAUGUAUAUCUAAUUGCGAAUUAGAAGGAGAGAAUAUAUUAAAGAAGACUCUUCUGUACACUUCCUCAACAAGAUGUCUGUAAGAAUGGAUAACAGUGUCCACGAAUGGGCAUUAGGGUUGACACGGAGACACAGAGUUUUCAGUCUCGACCAACCACUGAAACCAGAGCAUUUUACAAACUUGACAAGGGACAAGAACUUGCAGCCUAUUCUGUCCUUCCUGAUGCACCAUGUGUGCCCGCCUGAGGAGAGAAGACUGAUUAAGCUGAACUUGAAGCAUUCACGUUUCAGGAAGAAACUAACUGGGGAAGAGGGAGAAAUUUUGCCCACGGAAGAAAGAUUUAAGCUCAAGGCUUCUAUUGUAGAUGCCAAUUCAGCCAUUGCAGCUGAAACCACAGAAAUCCAACAACUUAACCGCAGGAAGGAGGAACUGCGCCAGAGGGAGGUGGAGCUGCGUCGGAGAGCCAUGUUGAUGAAGGUGUCACAGGAAGAGCGGGAAAAAGAGAUCCAGCAUUGCAAGCUGUGGCAAUCCCAACUCUCCCUACUGCAGGAGGAUUUGCCCAGCGUAUACGAUGGCCAGGCUGGUGUGGAUAUAAACUUGCAGAAACAGUUACGUGGGAACUUGUUGGACCUGCAGAAACUCCGUCGUUCCAUCAUCACAGGUCACUUUGGCACCCCAGAUCGUAUGCAUAUGGAGAAGCUGCGCGUAUGGGAGCGCAUUGGCGACACAAUGGCGACCUGGGGGCCAAGGUCACUGAUGGUUGGCCUGACGAGUGAGGUUCAGGAGGUGACCCGAAGCCUCCAUGCACAAGUUCAAAAUGUGGAUCUGGUGAAAGAUGCACGUGAGCUCAGACUUAAGUGUGAAAAUGACGGCGCAUUCAUUGAUGAGAUGAAUCCCGGGGGCGUAAUUGAGUCUGUGCGCGAACUCUUGGGUCAGAUGAGUGCAUCACAUGUCAAGCUUUACGUCGAGGCUUACCAGGCUGAUCUGGCCGCGCAGUCCCUAUCUCGAGCCCUCAAGACACUCCAUAACAAUAUCUUUGCAGCUACAAAGCGGAGUUACACUGACGAUGGCAUCACUGCGGCUGUGGUUGACGUGGUGAAGGAGAACAUAAGCGUGGCAGGGGAGAGAGCUGCACUGAAUGCGGCCGAGCAGCUGACUUCCUCACUGCAGGAGAGAGCCAACACUGCAUCCAGGGCCAGAGACGCACUGAGAGCCAAACACGCGCAGAUCAUCAGCUUCAACAAGGAAGUGCAAGAUGGCAUAGAGAGCAUCCAGUGUCUGGCCCUGUGCGUGGGGGACGGCCUUCAGAUCAUCAAGGAGCGUCUGCGGGAAGUCCGAUCCACGACAGAGGAGGCCCUCGAAGGCAUGGCCUACCCCACCCCUGUCUCCGCUAACUCCCUGGCUAAUGAAUCCGAGGCCUUCAUGGCAGCGCCAGUCAAUCAGCUCCUUACAACGACCACGGAGGAAAUGGAUGAAAACCAACACCUGAACGGAUGCAAAAGGUUUAGCCAAAAACGGAAGGCAGAGAUGUCAACAACCCCCCUCGUGUGGUAUGACCAGGCUGCAGCCCAACCAGGGUGGGAAGCCCAGCGGCAACUGUGCAACGGAAUCCUGUCUUGGGAUGGGGUGUUUGAGGCAGUGUGCGAAAAACAGGAACUGACGACCAGCCUGCAGAAGGAGAUGGAACGACUGACCUUCGCCAAGGCAGCUAUGCAGGCCACUCAGAAGAGCAGGAAGAUUCUGUCCAGCCAGGAAAUGAAAGAACUUACCGAGAAGGUAGAGAUGAGCGACAGCAAACUAGAAAAGGACAUAACUCGGCUGACGACCAGUUGCGAGAAGCAGGUCGACAUUGGCAUGCAUCACGUCGCCAGAGUCAACAAACUCCUGGCUGAAUGGUGGGAGCAGCCAGCCAAGGAAAUUACUUUAUAGUAUGGAGCAAUUGGGCAGCUUUAAUCUUUAUAAAAGAAAAAAAUAUAUAUAUAAACUAAAAUUAGUGAUUAUGUAUGCAGAGGUUGCAAUGUGCUUGCUUGGAAGGAGGUUUACAUGUAUGAUUUUAAUAACUUUGAAGUAUAUGCUUGAUUUAAGUAGG